AUGGCGGGCACCACCAACAAUGACCAAUUCAACUCCCACCUCUACCUCUCCCCCAACCAGCAAGACCUUCUCAUGGCUGCGCUGAACUCUAACAACCCGAACAACCGCGGGGGUAGACCAGCCAAGCCUUUAGACAGCAACCAGCAACAACAAUAUCCGCUUGACGGCCUUGAUCCCAGCCUGUUCCCUCAAGAUGGCGCUGGUGCCGGCUUCGACAAUUUCAAUCUAGACGAAAGCCCCUACGUUGAUUUUCUUGAUGGAGACACCGGCUUUGAAUUCGAUCCCAAUGAUACCAGCGACUUGCUCAUCGGCAGCCUGCCCGGCGAAACUCAGGGCCAGUCGUCCAAGUCGCCAACGCAGCCUGGUGCCGACGGCGAAACAGAGACUGGUGACAAGCGUAAGAGCCCGGGCGAUGACGAUGAAGAUGCAGAGGGCGGUGGUAAGCGAAGGGAAGGCGAGGACAAGACGGCGAAGAAGCCAGGCCGCAAGCCCCUGACUUCGGAGCCAACGACCAAACGCAAAGCCCAAAACCGAGCUGCUCAGCGCGCGUUCAGAGAACGCAAGGAAAAGCACUUGAAGGACCUGGAAACCAAGGUUACCGAGCUUCAGAAGGCCUCCGAUGCAGCUAACCACGAGAAUGGCCUCCUUCGUGCCCAGGUGGAGAGACUUCAGAUGGAACUGCGCGAGUACCGCAAGCGCCUCUCAUCCAACAGUACCGGCAUCUCCAGACCGACCGGAUUUCCGUCGCUUCUCACUCACAACAACUCUCCUCCGUCGAGCAACUUCCAGUUUGAGUUCCCUCGCUUCGGCGCCCUUCCGGGAUCUCAGAUUUUCAACACCAACGGUUCCCUUUCCAACGGCGACAAGGGCAGCCCGUCAGCAGCCAAGCCAGCAUCGCAAAAUGCUGUACCGGGCGUUCUCGCCCGCCAAGGCAGUACUGGACGAAGCGUCAGCCCUACUAGCCAACAGAACGGCGUGCGGUCGCCGGACAAGGCUUCUCCGGCCUCAGCUACUGACUCGUACAACUCUCCUGGUCUGAAUGGCCUUCCCAGAAAGAGCAGCGGUGGACGUGGCAGCACCUCGAGCUCGACGGGCGCUCAGCGCGUGUUCCAGUUCAACAGCACCAGCCAUUCCAACUCGUCCACUAAUGAUUCUCCAUCCGCUUCGUCUGUUUCUCAGUACGGCGCCAAUUCGUCUUGCGGGACAUCACCAGAGCCGAGUCACACCUCGCCUGGAAACGACAGAUCCCAUGAACUCUCUUGUGCGGUGACCGAAGCUGCAAACUCCAACACAAACGACAGCUUCGGCAUUGAUUGGCUGGCAUCUCAAAACAACAACCAGUUCAACCCGACGCUCUUCGGCGAUUACCGCGAGCCACAGGCUGCUGUUGUCGGCGAUGGAGACUUUACUGGAGGUUUCUUCAACGACGCAUUCCCGACUGCAGACUUCGGAAGCCCGUUCAACUUUGACAACAACCAAAGUCCGGCCAUCUCCAAGUCCAACCCCAUGGAAAGCAUCGACAAGAUUCAGGAUGGUGAUGACGACGAGGUCGUCCCCGGUGAAGAUCCUAACCAGCUCCUCAGCUGCCACAAGAUCUGGGACAAGCUGCAAAAUCGGCCAGAUUUCAAGGAUGGCUCCAUCGAUAUUGACGGUCUUUGCACGGAGCUGCGCGCCAAAGCCCGUUGUUCGGAGAGCGGCGUCGUGGUUGACAGCAAAGACGUUGAAGCUGCGCUCAAGAGGCUACCAGACAAGGCCUAA